AUGGAGCUGGAGCUGGUGGGCGUGGCCUUGUCUUGGCCUGGCCCGGCGCAGUUCGGGACCCUCUCCGAUUACUUUGACGCUCUCUCCAAGAGGACCGGGAUCGUCCCUGGGAUGAAGCCGCCCGGCUUCCCCGUGCUGAGCGGGGACUUCUUCUCCUACGCGGACCGGGAGGACCACUACUGGACAGGCUACUACACCUCCCGGCCCUUCUACAAGAGCCUGGACCGCGUGCUGGAGGCCCAUCUCCGGGGCGCAGAGAUCCUGUACAGCCUGGCGCUGAGUCACGCCCGGCACGCUGGCAUGGACAGCAGAUACCCGCUCUCGGAUUACGCCCUGCUGACCGAGGCCCGGCGUGCCCUGGGGCUCUUCCAGCACCACGACGCCAUCACGGGCACCGCCAAAGAGGCCGUCGUGGUGGAUUACGGUGUGAGGCUGCUCCACUCCCUGGUGAACCUGAAACGCGUCAUCAGCAAUGCUGCGCACUACCUGGUGCUGGGUGACAAGGAGGCCUAUCGCUACGACCCCGCAGGGCCCUUCCUUGGCACGGACGACAUGCGCCUCAACCAGGACUCGCUGCCUGAGAAAACCGUCAUCAAGUUGGACACAUCGCCCAGGUUCGUGGUGCUGUUUAACCCGCUGGAGCAGGAGCGGCUCAGUGUCGUCUCACUGCUGGUGAGCUCCCCGCGUGUCCGUGUGCUCUCCGAGGAGGGGCAGCCCCUGGCCGUCCAGCUCAGCGCCCAGUGGAGCUCAGCCACGGAUAUGGUGCCCAAUGUCUACCAGGUGUCCAUCAUGACCCGGCUGCCAGCACUGGGCCUCAGCGUCCUGCAGUUGUACAAGUCGUUCGACAGCCACACCACGCUGAUGUCGUCUGUGCGCCUCCACCUGCACGGGCGUGAGCUGCCCGUGCGCCCGCACGAGGUCUUCCCCGUGCGCGUCGUCCCCGCCACCUCCGACGACUUCUGCCUGGACAACCAGCACAUGCAGGCCUGUUUCUCGGGCCUCACCGGCCUGCUGCAGAGCGUCCGGCGGGCUGGGGAGGAGCACAGGCUGAGCACCGAGUUCCUCAUCUAUGGCACCAGGAGCGCCAAGGACAAGAGUGGGGCCUACCUCUUCCUGCCAGACGGCGACGCCAAGCCCUACGCCCCCAAGGAGCCGCCCGUGGUGCGGGUGACCGAGGGACCCUUCUUCUCGGAGGUGGCCAGCUACUACCAGCAUGUGCAGCAGGUGGUGCGGCUCUACAACGUGCCAGGGGUGGAGGGCCUGUCCCUGGAUGUGUCCUGCCUGGUGGAUAUCCGCGACCACGUCAACAAGGAGAUGGCCCUGCGCCUCAGCACCAGCAUCGCCAGCGAGGACACCUUCUUCACCGAUCUCAACGGCUUCCAGAUCCAGCCUCGCAGGUUCCUGAAGAAGCUGCCUCUGCAGGCCAACUUCUACCCCAUGCCAGCCAUGGCCUACAUCCAGGACAAGGAGAGCCGCCUGACCCUGCACACGGCCCAGGCCCUGGGGGUGGCCAGCCUGCACAGCGGCCAGCUGGAGGUGAUCCUCGACCGGCGCCUCAUGCAGGAUGACAACCGCGGCCUCGGCCAGGGGCUGAAGGACAACAAGCGAACCUGCAACCGCUUCCGCCUCCUGCUGGAGCGCCGCACCACGGCCAACAAGGUGCAGGACAGUCGUCCAAUCAGCUUCCCCUCUCUGCUGAGUCACAUGACCUCCAUGCACCUGAACGCCGAGGUGCUGGCGAUGCCCGUUGCUCAGGAGAAGCCAGCGCCCCCGGCCCUAAGGUCCUUCCGGCCCCUCUCAGCCACCGUCCCCUGUGACUUCCACAUCCUCAACCUUCGGACGCUGCAGGCGGAGGACGACUCGCUGCCCUCGGCGGAGAUGGCGCUGAUCUUGCACCGCAAAGGCUUCGACUGUGGCCUGGAGGCCAAACACCUGGGCUUCAACUGCACCACCAGCCAGGGAAAGUUCUCCCUUGGGAGCCUGUUCUACGGCUUGGAGUUGGGGUCCCUGCAGCCCACCUCGCUGACACUGAUGUACCCGCUGGGCGCGGCCUCCCCCAACAGCACUGUGAUCCACAUGGACCCCAUGGAGAUCGCCACCUUCCGCAUCCACUUUGGGUAGCCCCCCGGCGGCCAGGAGAGGAGCAGACCAGCCGCGCCGCGUCCAGCUGGGAGACGGCCCCUGCCUGGGUGGGGUGGGGCAGGGAGCUCCCUCGGGCUGUGGCUUGGGGGCGGACGCUGCACGGGAUGCAGACGGACUCGCGGGAGCAGCUGCCUCCAUUAUUUAUUAAUCUGCGUUUUCAAUAAUAUUGCAAAUGGCCAAGCGUGGGGGCUGGGGCACGGCCCCGACUACACGGCGGAUCCCCGGCCUCUCCCAGUGCUCAGCCUGGCCCUGCCGACGCUGCAGCUGGAGAACGCUGCGUUCUCGGUGGCGAUGCUGCUGGCUCGGCCAGGAGGCAGGUUGCAGCUUCUCGGAUCUCCCCGUCCCCCCGCCCCAUGUUGUGGGGUAACCGGGCAGGUGCUGGAGCCUGCUGGACUGCAGGGGUCUGACUGACUGGAAACCUGCCACGGGGUGGGUG